AUUAAGUGAGAGUAGAUAAAUUUAGAUUUAGAUGUAUCAAUGUAUCUGUGCAUUCUCUAUUUUCAUUUCUCAAUCUUUCUCAUUUGGGACCACGCCCAAAUUUUUCAUUAAUUGAUGUUUCGAUAAUUAAUUGUUUCAUUUGAAGCCAAUCUGUCAAACCAUCUGAAGACAACUCGACCACGUGGCUUUGGCAAUCGCGUUGUACUUUAUAUCUUUCUUUCGGUAUCGCGCGUGUGACGAGUGUGACGAUCCAUCCGUCGACUGUGUCGUUUGCAGUCGUGAUAGAUGUACAUUUCUGUCACUUACCGCGAAUAAUCAAGAGUUUUAAAGAAUUUCUGAACACCACGCAUACUUUGGAGAUAUUGAAAAGGAGUAUUAGAAUCGUUUGUUUAAAUAAGUGUAGUCUGUGUAUAAUAGAGUGUAUGAAUGUGUAUUGUACAGUAUUGAGUAUGUGAAUGUGUAUGCGUACAGAUCAUGGCUGUGAAAGAAUGGUUCAGAAGACUGCAGCCCGUCCAAUUGUACUUGAUCCUGUUUUUCACCACCGCUUUCUUUGUCGUCGAAAUGGUCGCCAGUCAUGUGACUCAUUCACUCACAUUACUCCUCAAUGCCUAUCACAUGCUAUGCAACAUCAUAGCACUUGUCGGUUGUAUCGCCUCCAUCAAGUAUAGCCAUCGUCAAAGCAGCAUCAGUCACAGUGAAAAUAGCGUUUCCAGUUCCUUACGAAACUCAGUAAUCUGCAUAAAUGGCGAUGAACGCGGUUCUACGACGUCUUUGUCGACGAAAACAAAGCAAUCACGAUCGGAUAGGAGGAUGAAGAAUACAUUUGGCUGGGCGAGAAUAGAUAUCGUUACAAUGCUUAUUUGUUGCGUUUUUCUCGCGUCUUUUUGCUUUUCUUUGUUGGUCGAAGCUUUACAAACUCUAGUGCAUAUAGAUCAUUUGGAUGAAAUGCACCAUCCGAUGCCUGUUCUUACAAUUGGCGCGUGUGGCAUCCUCCUUAAUGCUUUUUGUUACAUACUAAUUGGAGGAUACACCUUCAAUCAGGGUCUUGUUCUUCACGUUACAAUGAAUGGGGAUGUGAUACUACGACGGAACAGUUCGCAGCAAGCGAAAGAAGGUGAAGAACAGUUAUCUUCGCAAACUAGGCGAAGUCCUCUGGGUAUACCAAAAAGCCAAGGUCUACGAGAAACGUGUCGUGAUGCCUUGGGCUGUGUUUUUGUUAUUCUCGUGUCCAUUUUAGUAUAUUUUACCGAUUCUAACGUUGCCAAAUAUAUCGAUCCGCUUUUCGCAAUUAUUUCAGCCAUUUCACUCUUCGCACUUAGCUAUUCAUAUAUGAAAGAAUCUGGACUGAUACUGCUGCAAACAAUCCCUAAUCACAUAAACAUUGAUUCUCUUAAGAGAGAAUUACUAGAAGCUUUUCCUGGUAUCGUCAACGUGCACGACUUACAUGUUUGGCAAUUAACAGGACAGAAGAUAAUCUCUACGGUUCACAUCAUAUUCUUGGAUCCAAUGGUUUAUGCCAGUAUUACCGACGAAGUAACAGCCUUUUUCAUACAGAUAGGAAUAACUCAAGUUACAAUACAGCCGGAAUUUUAUAAGUUGAGACCAAAUAGGGAAAAAGCCGAUUGCUUGAUACGUUGUCAUGGCGAGCACUGCAGUUCAUCUCAAUGCUGCUCCAAAGAAAAAUUCAUCGAAGAUUCAUGUUCAGACUUAUCAACCAAACAACAAGCACAAUCCAUAAACAAGAAACUAGAAAAAAAACAAGUUAUUCCAGCUUCUACAAACAUCGAUCUAAAAAGGUUUACUAUCUAUGACGAAGAAGGUUCAAAAUCAUGUCAAUCGAACGAAAAUCUGCCUGAUGGAAGUUCGUGUCAGCAGAGAGAUGAAGAUACAUACAAUAACAAAGAUAAAGCGAUUGAUAACAGUCUUUAUGCGAUAAAUGUAGUAAAUGUUAACGAUGGAAAUUGUGUUUCGUGUAUUACGAGUCACGAUGAACAGAAUUUAGAAAUAGUAUCUUAACUUUUAAUUCUGCUGGAAUCUGCGAAUUUUCAUAUUUCAAUUGUAUUUAUAAAUAAUUAAUAUAAAAUUGAAUGAGAAAUCCUGCAUACCGAUCUGUGUAUUUUGUCCAAACUGAAAACAUUUUUUAACAUUAGAAAUACAAUUAGGUCGAGAAUAAUUGGAAGAAUGUACACCACGGGAUUAGUUGAUAUAUUGAAUUUUUAAUUAAAUGAAUUUUUAAUUAAUUUAAUUUAAUAUAGAUAACUAUGAUAAAAUAAUUAAUUUAAUUGUAUAUUUUACAAAUAUUGAUACGAGUAAUAAAAUAGGAUGGAAUUAAAAAUUUUAAAACGAGGCGAUCUAAUUUUAAAACGUUAUGGCCCUAAUGACCCAAUGUUAACAUUCAAUGUUGAUUUUCAAACGAGUUAUAUAUAGAGGUGCGAGAAAUAGAUUUCUCACUCUACGUUCCAGAAACAAUAAAUAUUACUAGACUUCCCAAAAAGUUUGUAGCGUUUCUGAUCAUAAUCGAUAUUAAGUUCUGCUUUAUAUUUCAAUAGAAUGAAAGAGGGUUAUCUACAGUGGUUAAAAAAAGUAUUUGCAUACAUUCUCAUUUUUCAUUUAUCAAUAUGAACAGAAAGACUGGAAACUAGUACUAGUAGUAGUAGGAAGAAGCACUUAGAAGCCACUGAUUAUGUAUUUCCAUAAACUGAAAAGUACGAGGAAUAUUAUAAUAAUGUAAUGAUGUUUUAAAUAUUAUUUGUUUAAAUUUACCUUGGAAUUUACCACUAUUUAUAUGAUAUCUGUAUACGUAACAAAUAAAUUUAUGAAAAUAA